GGGCGGCGUUAAACUAUUUUAGUUAUCAAGGGUUAAGAAAAUAGGAACGACGGUCUCCUCGCUCGUCCUCGUCAUGAUACGGAAAUCCGGCGACAAGCGGCGACAGCCGGCGGUAUGGCGGCGAUGCCGCACUCUCCGCUCCCUGAAGCAAAUGCACGCCCUUAUGGUCGUCCGUGGCUUCCUCUCAGAUGCCUCCUCCCUCGGCGAGCUGCUCUUCUCGUCGUCUGUGUCCGUCGCGGGCGCCGUGACCUACGCCCUCCAGUUGUUCGAUCAGAUCCCCCACCCGGACCUCUUCAUGUGGAACACCGUCAUACGCGGCGCUUCCCACUGGACGCCCUCGGCCGCCAUAUCCCUCUUCUCCCGCAUGGAGAGGGCCGGCGUGAGGCCCGAUAAUAUCACUUUCCCUUUCCUACUCCGCGCCUGCACCAAGCUCUCCGAGAGCUUCCUGGGCUCCCAAUUUCAUGCCAAGAUCACAAAAUCCGGUCUCGAGUCUGAUUCCUUCGUCAGGAACGCCCUGAUCAACAUGCACGCCAGUUGCGGCGACUUGGCGGCAGCGUCUGCGCUCUUCGAUGGACCUGCGCGACACGACGUCGUCGCAUGGUCCGCGAUGAUCGCGGGAUACGCGAGAAGAGGUGAGCUGAGCGUUGCAAGGCAGUUGUUUGAGGAGAUGCCCUCCAAGGAUUUGAUCUCCUGCAAUAUUAUGAUCACUGCGUAUGCUAAACAGGGGGAGAUGGCUAUGGCCCGGCAGUUGUUCGAUCAAGUUCCUGUGAAGGAUGUUGUGUCGUGGAAUGCGAUGAUUGCCGGCUACGUGCACUGCAGCGAGCACAGGCGAGCACUGGAGGUGUUUGAACAAAUGCAUCUUGCUGGAGAGCAGCCUGAUGAGGUUACCAUGCUGAGCUUGCUGUCUUCCUGUGCUGAUGCUGGUGUUAUGGAUGUCGGUAGGAGGAUACAUGGUUCCCUGAUGGAAAUGUGUUCCAGAGGCAGGAUUUCGAUACGCCUCAGCAAUGCUCUGAUAGACCUGUAUGCAAAGUGCGGGAGCAUUGAAAGAGCCAUAGAGAUCUUUGUUGGCAUGAGGGAAAAGGAUCUGUCCACUUGGAACUCGAUCAUCGGAGGGCUAGCUGUGCAUGGACAUUUUCGAGAUUCAAUCAAUAUAUUCGAGAACAUGAUUGGAAUGAAAUUGAGACCAGAUGAGAUCACUUUUGUGGGUGUCUUGGUUGCUUGUAGUCAUGGUGGGAUGGUCGAAGAGGGAAAAAGAUACUUCUAUCUUAUGCAGAAUAAGUACGGGAUCGAGCCAAAUGUUAAGCAUUACGGUUGUAUGGUAGACCUACUUGGGCGUGCAGGGUUACUGGAAGAAGCAUUUGAAUUUAUAGAUCAUAUGAAAAUUGAGCCGAACCGAAUAAUAUGGAGGGCACUGCUUGGAUCUUGCAGGAUUCAUGGCAAUGUCAGGUUGGCUGAGAGAGCUAAUGAAGAAUUGCUGAGGAUGAGGAAUCAUGCUAGCGGUGAUUAUGUGUUGCUAUCCAAUGUUUAUGCUUCAAGAGGAGAGUGGCGUCGAGCAGAGCAGGUGAGAAAGUUAAUGGAUGAUAGAGGUGUCAUCAAGGAGAUUGGUUCUACUCUGUUAGAUACUGAUGGCAAAGAGAUUUUUAAUUUCAUGCCAAAGAGGAAGCCUGGUUUAAGGAUCGAUGUGGCUGUUUAGUCGAUAUUCACUUUGACCUGGAUGAUCUAUACUAUCAGACUGAUGUUUCGGAAUACUGGUUCUUUUAGUCUGAGAGAUUCCAUAUAAAGGAUCGGAAAUGUUGUCUUUGCUGUCCGCAAGCAACUUUCUUGAAGUGUUACUAUGGAUUAAAAUCUGUUGAAAUUUUCCAAAUUGGCAAAUAGACUGCAAUGUUGUCUGGUGUACUGGGAGGAUAAACAACUUACACAAUAUCAAUGACAGUCUGUACUUGCAAUAUGGAUGAUCAUGGGAUCUACCACGAUGGAACUCUUAAGAAAGCAAGAGGGAAGAGGAAUGUUUGAUCAGCUGUUGCUGUUGCAAGUAACUUAUAAAUACCAUUCAAAUGCGAUCGAGCAUGCGAGCAUAUGAAUAUGAAACUUCCUAGAAGCAAUGCCAAAGAUAUUGAGAAGUAAUAUUGAAGAAAUCAUGCAUUGACUGACUACGCAAAGUCAUCAUACCUUCCAGGCAAGAGAAAAACCAAGCUGGCUCGCAAGGCAGCCGCUACCAAUCCAGCAGAGGAUGCAAAGAACAGCAGCAAGGGAUCCAGCUUUCCGGUCCAUCGACACAUAGAAAAGUCCAAGCAUCACCACAAAGACAAACCCAAGGUCGAGAGCCAGGACCUCCCCUCCAAGCCAGGCAGGGAGGAAGAAGAUUGGAGUGGUGAAAUGGCAGAGGAUAAGAGAGGUGUAGAAGAUCGGCCAGAUGAAGAGGCUGUGGAUUACAACAUUUGCUGGGUUGCUGUGGUAUGCUCCAUAGAAUUCAAAAUGUUUCUCCAAAUCCAACAGAUCUUUGGCCACCAGUGAGAAACAAGGCAGCCUCUGCCUUUGGCAUUGAGACAUUGUGGCCAUUACUGAAGAAACACACACAACUUCUCCAGAGGAGAAGAUCUAUUGAACUCUACAGUAGGCUAAAAUUACAGUUUUUUAUCCCUUUUGUAGUCGUAGAUGAUGAGAAUGAAGAUUAAAAUGGAAAAUUUUGGGAUAUGACCCUGCUCUCUGAUGUCUGUGGGUAGGUAGAUGAUGCAUUCAAUCCGUUGGCUUUAUUAUUUUCGGCACAAAUUUGUUUUCACUUAAGCCCUGUUUAAUUGAGCGGAUGGAAAUGAAAAUUGUAGAAAAAUUCACGGUA